UGUUUUAAUGCGUUUGUAAGGCCCGGUACUGCUAAGCAUAAAAUAAAUUGAAAAAAAAAAAAAAUUAGAAAAAAUAAACAAUGGCGGGAAAUUUGAAAAUAAAUUACUUAAAAUUGUAUAAAAAAUCUAUGUAAUUAGAUAAAAUUAUUCAGAAAUGAAAUGAAAUCAUUGCCAUAAGUUGAUUUACAAGGAAAAUCGAAUUAAAUAAAACAAUAUGUUCUUAAUCGAAACAAGUUUAAGCCCUUUGAAAAUAUCUCUAAUAAUUGUUGUACUACAGUUAACUAAAUUUAACACAACUGCAAUAUUACUAAAAUGCCCGCUUUAUCAAAUGCAUUUACAAAAGAUUGUUGGUUUUCGACCGCCCAGCGAUUACAUGCGACCAGAAAAUCUCUUAAAGCCACCAUUAAAUUACAAUAAUAACAACAAUAUUGCGCAAAAUCGUUAUAAACGGGAAGGCUACACAACAUUGGAAACCAGCAAUAGUCGCUUUCAGCAACAACCGCAGCAAGAACAAAAUAAUACAAUGCAUCACAAAUAUGAGGAUACAACGAGCAUGAAAUGUUGGCGUAUUUGCAAUCAGGAUAACGCCUGCAUAGCUUAUGUGCAUUUAUUGGAUACGAAUGAAUGCUACGGUUAUACAUAUUUCGAAAGAAUUCCAAAUUUAAUGACAAUAAUCGAUGAACUACCAUUAGUAACCGAUACCGAAGCAAUUUUUUAUGAGAAAACUUGUUUAAAAGUUCCUGAGAAUUGUAAAAAUCGAUCAUGGACCUUAACUAAAAUACCCGGAAAUAGUUUAGUUUUUCAGGGUAAAAAAACAAUAACAACAUUAGUUACGCGACGUGAAUGUGCUGAGCGAUGUUUAUUUGAACGUGAAUUCCAAUGUUUAUCUGCUUCAUUUGCUCCAUCGUAUCGUAACAAUCGCGAAAGAUUGUCACAAGCAUAUCAAUCACCAACGGAACAACAUCAAAGCACUUUAGGACGGUGUAUACUUAGUGAUAAGGACAAAAUGAUACAACCGGAUGCCUUUCGAGCGGCCCCCUACGAUGAGGAAUACAUAGAAAAUCAAUGUCUUGAUCGACCAGUUGAAAACGAUCAUUGCUCAUACGAGCUGUAUGCGAACAGUACAUUUAUUUAUGCGGAAGUCAAAGUGAUGGGAUUAAAUCAAGUCGAGUGUCAAUCGUUGUGCUCACGUGAGACAAAGUUUUAUUGUCAGGGCGUAUCAUUUCAUUAUGAAGAUGAUAUUGAUAGAUCUGAAUGUUUGCUCCAUUCUGAAGAUAUAAUUUCACUGGGACCAAGAAGUUUAAAAUUGCGAAAAAACUCAGUUUAUAUGAGGAGAGUGAAAUGUUUGGACGUACAUGUUAUCUGCACGCACGAUGAGAUGAUUAUCAAGUACACGCCUAAAGAUUGGUUCCGCGGGAAAAUGUAUGUCAGUCAGCAUUCGAAAGAUUGCAUGAUUCAAGGCAAUGGAACGAAAAGUACGCUGCUACGUUUAACAAUUGGUAGCGAAGCAAAAGAAAAUAAAUGCGGCAUCUUAAGGGCUUAUGAAGUGACAAAAAAUUAUCAAAGAAUUUUUAUCUCAACUUUAGUGGUUAUACAAAAUAAUCGAAACGUUCAAACGCAGGGAGAUCGUUUAAUAAAAGUUGGUUGCAUUAUGAGUAACGUUACUGCGAAAGAGUUCUCUGCUAAAAAUGACGAUAAAGCAAAUAAUCGCGAUGAAAAUACGCUGAAACCCGAAGAAGAAAUGAUGCCGAACGCCAUAGCCUUAGAAUCAUCUUUGGAUUUUUCAAGGAGUUUUCUGCUCAAUGAGGGCUCUUUACACUACAAUAUUAGCGAUUCGUAUCAUCCGAUGCCAAAAAUUACUUUACAAAUUAUCGAUUUAAGUCGAAAUCAUCAGACAAAUGACGUGCAAAUCGGUCAAAGUUUAGAACUACGUAUAAGUGCAGAAUAUACCCAACAACAGUUAAGGGAAUUUAAUGGACUGCAACUGCCACCAUUGCCAGAUUUUAGAGCUACCUCACUUGUGGCCCGUACAUUAGAUCGGCAAAAUUUUGUACAACUUUUAGAUCAACGCGGUUGUCCAACGGAUGUUAGCGUAUUCCCCGCGCUGAAACGGCAGCGUAUAAAUUCAAAAAACGUAUUAACGACAAGAUUUCAAGCGUUUAAAUUUGCCGGUGAUUCUUUAGUAAAUUUUGAAGUGAAGAUACACUUCUGUCCCCAUCAAUGUCCAGAUGAGAAUUGCUUACAUUCUUCUAGCCAUUCAAAUCCAUGGUCAAUCUCAACUCUUGAAGAACCAGUGACUAGAAAACGAAGGGAAACGAAUGAAAAUGAGAAACUAAUGGCAAAAUUCGAAAUACAAAAUCCCGUUUAUAUAUCGACGGUAAUGGAUGUGGCAAGUUUAAUAGAAAAUCAAAGUUCAAACAAUUCAACAAGUGACGAUUUAGAUAUGAAUAGCAUGCCAUUGACGUUUAAUUUACAUGUACGAGGACCAGAUAAUACCAACAGCAAUAGUUUGAUUUAUGGUGAACGGGGAAUUCUAUUGAUAGCGACAAUCGAUGAUCAACUUCAUUUUGAUAAUAUUUGCUUGCACCAAAGUCUUUUAAUAGCAUUAUUGAUAUUUUGGCUAAUAAUUCAAAUAGCUUUAAUGUUUAGCUGCUGUUAUGUUAUUCAAAAAUACAAACGUUUGGCAAUGUUGGAUGAAGAGAAACGCAAUAUACGUGACAGUCUAGAAUAUAUAGACAGUAGACGUGUUCAUUGGGCUGAUCAGAGUGGUUAUACGCUUUAAAUAUUUGCAUUUUUAAUUAACAAAUAUAUUAUACCAAUACAAAUUUCUCUUUUUGACUAUCUUUUUUUCCUGUUAGUA